UUCGUUCUUCGUUCUUUGCUCGUGUAAUACUUGUGCGUGAGCGCGAUUUUGUUCAUAAAAAAUAAAAUUACACCGUCGCCAUCUUUAAUUUUCUUCAAUUGAAGAAAGAUUGUGAAAUUUUACAAAUAUAUCAUAAUAUAAUACUGUGAAAGUUAAUUCUUCGUCAGAAGCGUUAAACAGGUUAAUAACAACACAAAUAAGAAAAUGGCAUUCCGAGGUAAUCAGAAUCGCAACCGCAAUUUCGGCGGUAAUAAUUAUGGUGGUGGCCCAAUGGGUGCCAAUCGCAUGGGAAACAUGAACAUGUCGCCGUGGGAUACCCCAAAUGCCGGUGGUAACUUUGGCGGUGGCAACAUGCGUCAAGGCGGCGGUGGCCAAGGCAUGAACGCACAGGCCAUUAAUUUGGCUAAUAACUUGUUGAACAACUUGUUCAGAAACCAAAAUCCACCAUCUCUGUUGGAUCUGCCACGCGGCGGAGGAGGCGGUAUGGGCAAUCGCAAUCAACGCGGCGGACCGAUGGUCAAUCGUGGUGCUCCUGGCAAUCGCAUUAAUAAUCGCCGUGCUCAAGGAGGUUUUCAAAACCGUGGCGCAGCUGGUGCUAAAUCAGCACAAAAGCAAGGCGCUGGCGGAAUUCGCAAGCAGAAUGCUUUCGAUCGUGCUAAGAAACUUUUGGCUAAAAAUGCCAACAAUAACAAAAAGAAGGAUACCGCUUCUGGCGAUAAGAAAACUGAGAGCAAGGAGUCACCCUAUGCCAGCGUACCCAACGACAUGUUCUAUUGCCAUUUGUGUAAGAAACAUAUGUGGGACGCCAACUCGUUCGAGAAUCACAUUAAGGGUCGCACACAUUUAAUGAUGCGCGAGGGCAUCGAAGAGAGCUAUCGCCUAAAGGCUAAUAUGAUACGCCAAGAGGCCAAGAUCGCUGAGCAAUUGAAAUCGAUUGAAUUGGAUCGUUUGAAGCGCAUGGGCAAGACCAAGCAACGCCAAUUGGAAUAUUGUACUAUGUGCGAUUUGAAUUUCCAUGGUCAUAUUUCGGCGCAUCGUAAAUCGGAGGGUCACUUGAGUUUGAAGAAGUUCUUGCAUCCCAAAUGUAUUGAGUGCAAUAAGGAAUUCGCUACACGCAUUGAUUACGAUACACAUUUGUUAUCCGCUGAUCACUUGCAAAAGGCCGCCGAGAAGAAUACCAAGGUUGGUGAACGUAAACGCAACACAUUGACUAUUCAUACCGAAGAAGAGGAGUCGAAGGACUUGCGUCCACCACAAAAGAAGAGGAAGAAGCCUGUUGCCAAGAAGGCCGAGGGUGAGGGUGAAGUCAAGAAGGAGGGAGAAGAAGCUGCUGAAGGUGAGGAAGCCGAAGGCGAAGAGGCUGAGAAGAAAGAGGGUGAAGAGGGCGCUGAUGAAACCAAAGAGGGCGAAGAUUUAAAUGAAACACAAGAAGAGGAAGAGGUCGCUUUGCCCGUCGAUCCAGAAGACUGCAUUUUGGACUUCUCUGAUGGUGAUGAAAUACCGACUGAAGUCGAUACACGUUUGCCCAAAUACAAUUGGACACGUCCAGUUGGUUCCGGUCUCAUUACGAAAUUGGAGUGCUUCGAGUGCUCGCUAUGCGGCAAAUUCUUCGAUACAGAAAAGACCGUUGAGGUGCAUUCUCGCACCGUUACCCAUCACCGCAACUUCUUGAAGUUCAUUAACGAGAAAGCGAGCGAUACUAAGAUCGCGCAAAAACGCGCUGCCGCCGCUCUUGAGGAGAGUGAACGCAAGAAGCGCAAGUUGGAGGAAGCUGAAGCAGCUGCCACCGAAGUUAAGGUAGAAAAUGGUGAAGAGGGUGAGGGUGAGGGUGGUGAAGCCGCCGAGGGUGAACUGUACGAUCCAUCCGAGGCGACUGGUGAUGAUGAAGAUGUAGAGAUGAAUGAGAAUGGUGAGGCCGCCGAAGGCGAGGAGGGCGACGAAGAGGCCGGCGAUGAGGAAAUGGAGGCACAAGAACAAGAUGGCGAAGCCGAGGCUGAGGUCGAUCCCGAGCCUGAGCCAGAGCCAGAACCAGAGCCUGUUAAAGAACAGCCAAAGCCCGAGCCUGUCAAGACACCAGCCAAACCCGCUCCAGCAACACCAGCACCAGUCACACCCACAGCUGAAACAUCGCCGGCCAAAAAAGCAACACCAGCUCGCGCCGCACCAAAAGCAACGCCGCGUGGUCGUGGACGUGGACGUUACAAUCGCUACUAAGCAAAUAGUUUGAGUGUAAACGUUUAACUAGACAAACAAAAAAUUAAAAGAAAAUAAUGAUUUCCACUAUUUAAGUUUAGUUGUACUACUUUCCAACAAAUUAUACAUAAAAACAAAAAACCCUUAUGUUUUGCAACUUGACAAGAUAUAAUUAAUAAACAAAACUAUAAAUUCAAUAUAUACCUAUUCUACAUUAAUAAUUUAUUAUUAACUUAUUGCAAACUUCAUUAGCAGUAAUCAUACUCUUGCUGAAGAUCUAUGGAAAAGUAAUAUUUCAUUGAAAUAUGCGAUUAAAACAUAUUCUACUCUAAAAGCAAAAUAAACAAUGAGAAAAACAUUUAAGACACAACAAAGCCAGUAAAUAUUGUCAAAAUCAUAACAAAAAGAGUAAGGGGCGCACAUGCAAACCUUUUUGCAAAUGUGUGAAUGAGUAUUUGAAGAGAAGAAUUGUCUUGUGUGUGGUGUUUUGAAUCACAAGCCGAAGAGGUACACUGGAUUUGAUGCUGUAUUAUGCAUUAUAAAAUGUAAAAGCAUAUUUUAAGAGGUAAAUAAAACAACCUUUAGAUGUACAAAAUAGAAAA